CCUCGAAGAGACAGGAUAAACCAUGCGUUACUUAGUAUUUUUCGCGUUGCUCUCCGUAGCAGUAGCUAAGCCGAAACCGGAUGGCGGAUGGGGAGGUUGGGAUGCAGGACUAAGCUUAGGUCACGAUGACUGGGCGGCACCCGCACUAACUGUGGCCCACGCGGCCCCCGUGUACCAGGCGGCCCCCGUCGUACACUCGGCCCCCAUCAUCCAAGCGGCCCCCGUGGUCCACGCCGCGCCGGUGGUCCACGCCGCGCCAGUUGCUGUUAAAGCCGCUACCAGCUACUCGUCUUUCCAGAGGGUAAUCCAUCCAGUAGCGCAGAAAGUUGUCGCGGCGCCGGUGGUCCAUGCGCCAGUGAUCCAGGCCGCUCCGGUGGUCCAUGCGGCCCCUGUGGUCCAGGCGGUACACUCCGCCCCUCUCAUCCAGUCCUGGGGCCACGGCUGGUAGACUGUAA